CUCUCUAAAUCUCUCUCUCUCUCUCUCUCUCUCUCUCUCUCUCUCUAAAUCUAUCUCUCUCUCUCUCUCUCUCUCUCUCUCUGUAUACCCUUCUCCUUGAAAUAAAUUCUCUCACUACCCCACGUUCAAAUACCUACACUUCGCGCCACUUACCGAACCCAUCGUCCCCUUCUCUCCCCCUCUCCAUUAGAGGCCAAAUUAGGGUUUCCUCAAACUCGUAGAUCCCUAGCCUGUUUCUUUUUUCUGGGUUUUGUUCUCCUUCGAUUUCCCUCCAAAGAGUUUGGAUUUUGAUGCAGAUCACAGAAUUGUAGAAAGAAUGGUGAAUUUUUGAGAUUUACAUGUGUGUCGUGUAGAUGUUUGGCGAAUUUCCUAGCUGAGAAUUAUUGUUUCCCUGUCGAUUCGCCCAUGGCAAACCACGAUUUAGUUCUUGGACAGAGCUCUGAUUUGGCCCUCGGCCACGACCGCGGAGAUCUUGUUAUUGAGCAGGUUCACGGUUUGGGCCUCGCACAUCGGCAAACCCUCGGUAUCAAUCAUGCCCACCUCCGCGACUUUGGUCUAGGCCUGUCUGGCAACCCUGAUCUUGAAUUCGGCCAUCACCAUGACGGUCAAUUAAUUCUUGCCCUUGAUCAUCUUCAUGAUCACGACCCUCAUGGCCGCGCGAAUGAGCUUGCCCUGGGCCACAGCACUCAGAGCCAUGACAUGGACUUAUCGGAGAACCAUGAAUUGGCUUUCGAUGAGACUCAUGAACUCUCAACGGACCAAGACCACGAAUUCGCCCUCCAACCGAACGACGAAAUGUCGCAGCUCCAAUUGGUUUCCCCUCGGGUAGUUCAGGCACGCGCGCUCAUUGCGAGUCCGGAGCAUCAGCUCGCUGUAGGCCAGGAGUUCUCCGAUGUCAAGAGCUGCCGCAGGGCAAUCCGUGACGCUGCCAUAGCUUGCCGUUUCGAGAUUCAGACGGUGAAGUCGGACAAGACCCGGUUCACCGCAAAGUGCGCCGCAGAAGGGUGCCCGUGGCGCAUCCACGCUGCGAAGCUUCCUGGUGUGCCCACUUUCACCAUCAGAACAAUCCACGACAUUCAUUCUUGUGCUGGGAUCAACCAUCUAGGGCAUCACCAGGCUUCGGUUCAAUGGGUUGCCAAUUCUGUGGAAGAAAGGAUUCGUGAGAACCCGCACUGCAAGCCUAAGGAGAUCUUAGAGGAGAUCCACCGCACGCAUGGGAUCACUUUGUCGUAUAAGCAAGCUUGGAGAGGGAAGGAGAUGAUCAUGGCUGCUGUCCGUGGGUCCUUCGAGGAAGGAUACCGCCUCCUGCCUCAAUAUUGUGAGCAAGUUAAAGGGACGAACCCAGGGAGCAUCGCAAAUGUUUAUGGGAAUCCAGAUGAUAACUGUUUCCGUCGCCUUUUUGUUUCGUUUUAUGCCUCUAUAUAUGGUUUUGUGAAUGCGUGCCGUCCCCUAAUCGGGCUCGAUAGGACCAUCCUAAAAAGCAAGUAUCUUGGUACCUUGCUUUUUGCUACUGGUUUCGACGGUGAUGGUGCUCUUUUCCCUUUAGCAUUUGGGGUUGUUGAUGAGGAAAGUGAUGAGAACUGGAUUUGGUUCUUAUCUGAGCUCCAUGCUUUAUUGGAGGCCAACACUGAGAACAUGCCGAGGCUCACGAUCUUAUCCGACAGGCAGAGAGGUAUCGUAGAUGGAGUGGAAUUUAACUUUCCAACAGCAUUCCACGGGUUUUGCAUGCGAAACCUCAGCGAAAGCUUUCGCAAAGAGUUUAACAACCCAAUACUCGUCGACCUCUUCUGGGAAGCAGCCCAAGCUCUUACCAUCAUGGAGUUUGAAGCAAAGAUGUUAGAGAUCGAAGAGAUAACAUCAGACGCUGCCUUCUGGAUCCGACGCAUCCCUUCCCACCUCUGGGCAACAGCUUAUUUCGAGGGGGAGCGGUUCGGCCACUUGUCCGCCAAUAUUGCUGAAUCAUUGAGCAGUUGGCUAGUUGAAUCUACGGGGCUCCCAAUAUAUCAGAUGAUGGAGAGCAUACGCCGCCAUUUGAUGAUGUGGUUCAACGAACGGCGCGAGGCAAGCAUGCAGUGGGUGUCAGCUCUUGUGCCGUCAGCCGAGCGACGCAUGUCGGAGUACAUAGAACGCGCACGGGGAUACCAAGUGGGGAGGGCAAACGAGGCGGAGUUUGAAGUUGUAUCUCCUCAUGAAGGGGUGAAUAUUGUGGAUAUUCGCAAUCGGCGGUGCUUGUGUCGAGGAUGGCAACUUUGUGGCCUGCCUUGUGCUCAUGGGGUGGCAGCGCUACUCUCUUGCCGACAAAAUGUUCACCGGUACACAGAGAGCUAUUUCACCGUCGCCACCUAUCGAAAGACCUAUUCGCAGACCAUACAUCCUAUUCCGGAUCGGAGCCUUUGGAAUGAGUCGUCCGAAACAUGUCAAGAUGGAGAGAGUAAGAUUGAGAUAGUUAUAAAUCCACCGAAGUCGGUGAGGCCUGCAGGGAAGCCGAGGAAGAGGAGAGUUCGGGCAGAAGAGAGCGGAGGAAAAAAGAGGGCCGUGCACUGCAGUCGCUGCAAUCAGACCGGUCAUUUUCGGACCACCUGCGCAGCUCCUAUAUGAGAGAAUUUGCAGCUUCUUUCUCUCUCGGGGGUGGGAGUAAAAUUUUGUGAAAAUUAGGUAUAUAUGAUUACUUUUCUUAUUCUUUUUAUAAUUCUUCUUGGGUGUUUUUGGUUUCCAUCAUGAGUUAGUUAUAUUAUGUGCCCCGAUUUGUUAUUAAUUCGACUGAAAGAGAAGUUUAGUUCAUUCAGUAGACAGUUUGGCUAUUAUAUCAUACUAAAGAGAUUCUCACUCUUUUUAUAGAUGCCAAUUAUGUGAA